GAGGAGCACUGAGAUUAUUUAUGGCCUAAAUCAAUGUGAACACUGCUCUGUUUAGAAGGCAACCGCCUAGAAGGGAAUUUCUUAAAGUAAAGAUGCCUCCUCAAGAAAAAAGGGUAAAAUUCGUAGAAGGUGAACGCGUUCUUUGUUUUCACGGACCACUUCUUUAUGAGGCAGUUAUAAAAGGGCAACACAAAGAUAAGGUAACAAAAUAUUUGAUUCACUACAAUGGAUGGAAUAAGAACUGGGAUGAAUGGGUUACAGAAAGCAGAGUUAUGAAAUACUGCGAGGAAAAUUUAAAGAAGCAAAAAGAAUUAAAGCAGCAAUACGCGACAAGUAAACGGGCAAAAAAGAAAGACUUGGAAAGCCAAGCAUCAAAAUCCCAGGAGGAUAAGAAGGAGUCUGGAGAGUCACAGACAAAAAGAAGGAGAGGCAGAGGGGGUCAAAUACUGGAACGUGAGCCUCAACAGAUAACAAGGCUUGAAGUCAAAAUUGUCAUUCCAAGAGACCUGAGAAGGUUUUUGUUAGAUGAUGCAGACUUUGUUACCAGACAAAAACAGUUAGUACCACUGCCAAAGCCUGGAGAAAAAUGUAUCAAGGCACUGCUUAGUGAUUAUAUUCUGUCAAAGAAAAAAGGCACUUCAGCUGAUGCAAAACUAAGCCAACCUGAAGAGGUUAUAAAAGGUAUUGCAGAGUAUUUCGAUGUUGUCCUUGGCACUCAACUUUUGUAUAAAUUUGAAAGGCCCCAGUAUGCAGACCUGAUGAAAGAAUUUCCUGAAAAGCCAAUGUCAGAAAUUUAUGGAGCAGAGCAUUUGUUACGUCUUUUUGUAAAGAUGGGUGGAAUGCUUAGCUAUGCUAACCUUGAUGAUAAAAGCAUGCAUUUCAUUGUAACACAAAUUCAAGACUUUUUAGAUUGGAUGACCAAAGGGGCAGAUGAUAAAUUCUGCUGUGAAUAUGAAGCAGCUACUCCAGAAUAUUACAGAAGAGCAGCUACAUAGUAGCCCGGAACAUUAGAACAUUCUUUAUAGAUAAACAAGUCUGUAUUUUCUCAAAGAUUCUGUUCAUAUAAAUAGUCCAAGAAACUAGACAUAUUUUUUGGUUGAAAAAUGUCUAAGCCUUUUUAGAACUUUUUGUGAAAAACCAAUGACUAGCCAAAGCCUCCUUAGAUGUGAUUAUCUUAGCUUAUUUGAAACGCAGCAAAGCAUUAUUUAAAAGGUUUUCUGAAAUGUAUUUAAUGUCAAGUCACUUUUUACCAUGGUUAUUUUGUUUUUACUUUGAAUCCUGUCUGACAUCAUGGAAUCUUGAAGAAGAUGAAGAAAACAAGUGGCUUAUUCUAUUUUAGGUUUUCCCCAAACAAUUGAAAAAUGAUUGUUUUGCCCAUAGCCUGACCCAAAAUCCAAUCAUAGACAAUCAUUGUGACUUUAAAUUGAUAGCUCAAGGGAAGUAGCUCAUAGCAAGACCAUUUUGACUUAUUUUAGUUUCAGGAAAAUCUGCCAGAACAUUUACCUUUUCAUAAAAUAAAAAUAUAAAUUUUUUUAUAGCCAAAAAGUUACUUUUAAUAUACAGGCCGGUUGCACAGGUUUCAAAAAAGCAGUCAAAUUCUAAGAGCUAUGUUUCUCUGUAAAUCUUGAAUUUUUUAUCUAAAUUUCAAUUGCAACAAUUGCUGUAUUUCUCCCUGACUGACUACAGUUCUUCUGUUUAUAUACUGGAUUGAACCCUCACAAAAGUUCGACAGAGUUCCCAGCUUCCUACUUCAUCUUUUAUCUCAAAGUAUCCAAGGAAUUCAAAAUCCAGGAAAUCAGCAGCCAUUCGAUGUGACAGCUUGGAGUAUGCUAUCUAUGCGCCAAUAUUGGAACCGGUGGCUAAAUUGUUUUCUGAAAACCUGUGAAAACCGGUGCCCAUAUAUUUCCCUUACGCAAAAAAACCGGUGACGAAAAAGUAUGCUCGAUAUCGAUAUCCAUAGCUCGAAAGUAUGGACGCUUUAAAUCAAAAUGAUACAAAAUGAAAUACGCGGGUGCAAAAAAGAAUCUGAGGUUUUUAUUGAGGGACUAGACUUCCUUUCUCGGAAAAAUUCAUGAAAAUUAGAAUCGAAGUUGCAAGAAGAGGAUCAAAGGCCAUGCUGUAAUGGGGUAAAGCACCCCGAAACCGGUGAAAAUUUUGGCUAGAUCAGCGCCUGAUGUACAUAGAUGUAGUAAAGCCAUAGUGUUGAAUAUUUUGAAUAUCCUUAGAAGAAUACCAGCAUGUUUAGUUGUGUUAAUGUUAAGGUUAGGGUUAGGGUGCUCUGUGCUCAGAAGCUUUACGACCCAAGACUUGCAAAGGUACCAUACCACGAUUAGACCUUUCCUGUGAAUAUGGAGGGCCAUCUUAUGAUGAAUUGAGUGAUUCUUUAACUGUAAAGCAAUUACCUGAGUGAAUCUGUAAUAUUUUUUUUCUAUUAACCUUCCGUCGUAUAUCUUUUUGUUAUAUACUUAUCAAUAUUAUAAACCUAUUUUCGCUGCAAUUCAAUUUGUCUUAAGGUUUUCUUCUUUAUUUCUCUAGGACCCUUUGCAUUUACAGUUUAGUGCAAUGAAACGUUUCAAUCUUUAUUCAUUCAACUGGUCUUUGUAAUAAAGGACCAAGGAAAAAAUAUAUGAGCAAGAUUUAUAGCAAAUCCAUAACAUAAAACUCUUUGUGAACAACGAAAUAGUAAAACUAUUCCUGGUUUCUAUCGGAUACAUGAAAAAAUAAAAAUUAAACCUCAGUCUUUAUCAAAUUUUCGAAGAAUUCUGUGAUAAAGCGAUAAACUAAAUAUCGCCCAUGCGAAAUGAGCUCUACAAAGCGGCAAGUCGAGUAAAGUCCACACGUUUGUUUUAUAAGAACACUUGGCUCCAGCUUCAGCCUGGGGUUCAGCCUAAAAUGUUCAGGGUAAAGUUGAUGUUUAUAGCCUAAGGGUAUAUAGCCUAGGGUAUGUAGCUUGCAUGACAAAACGUACCAACCAAUCAUUUGGAAACGAAACUUUUACCACGACAAUGAAACCGAUCGCUCUGAAGCAGUACGCUCUCUCAGAAAAUUGAGCAAAUUGAUAUGAUACUUCCUCGAAAAUUGAUCUGGCAGCUCUUGUGCCCCUCUUGUCUCAGGUCAUAUGGACAAAGCAUGCGUAAUAAGAUAUAAAGGUUGCAACCGAGGAAUUAUCUUAUUCAACCACAAAUGACUAACCAAUCGAUUUCAAUGAAUUGUGUUGUACCAUUGCUGGUGAGGUCAAGGAUUAUAAUCAAUUAGAUAUUGAAUAGGGCUUGUAUAAAACAAUAAAUAAAACGGCCCCCAAGCCAGGUUUCGAAAGCAGUCAAAAUAAAUGAAUUGAAAAGACAGUGUUGUUGAUAAAAUAUCUCUCUACCAGUUCGUAUCUUGAGUUGCGAACACAAGUACGAAGUUACUGGGAAAAAGGGUCAAAAGUUAAUCUUGGCAGAAGUAAUGACGACUUGGAAGAUAUUGCUUUGUUCUAUUUGACGCAAAGUUUGCGAUUAUGCAUCCUCACACUGUCGAUGGCAAGCACGAAGAGAUUCGUGAUGGAUGCUCUGUCGUUCAUCUCGAUAUUCAUUGCAGCAGUUAUCGUACUAUGUAACGGAAUAAUCGUAGGGACUGGAGCACAUUUAAUCGCCUUUCGUCUCAAAUACUUCCCAUUUAUAUGUGCAGGACUGAUGGCUUCUGUUGGCAUCACUGGUUUUGCAAGGUCGUGCUGUGAAGAAAUGAGACCAUUGGUAUUUUCACAUGUUGGUUUCCAGGCCACAAGCAUCACAUUCACGUUGGCAACUAUUAUCAUUCUCAACGACGACGUCAAUAAUGCACUCAAGGUUUUCUUGGUGGCAGGAGAGUUGUUUCAUGCCGUUUUCUUCAUUGUCUCCUUGUGGAAUUUCAACUAGAUAAAUUGCAAGUAGUCAAAAGGAGCUAGUAUUUAUCCUUGAGGGAUAUCUAUAUACUAGAGCAAGACAACAUGUGUAAAUGAUUUAACGUUUUCAUGCAUUAGUUCUUUCACAGAGCUAAACGGAACAAAAUGGUGAUUCUGGACCGAAGAGAAUUUUGCAAUUUGUUGCAGCACAACAAAGGAAAUAAAUAAGAAGAAGAAGUUACUGAAUGAAUUUCUUAAAAUGUUAGCUUUCAAAAAUACAUUUCUGUAAUCUGUGAGCUUCCAAGAGACAUUUAAAAGCUGUUCAUAACAUUUACAAAGUUUCCGCCCAGCUAAGUGCAAACAUCGGAAUCAUUUUCUCUCUCCUCCAAUUUUCAAAGCAGGUUGGUUUAGAAUUCUGAUGGGGCUGCUGCUCUUCAUGUUUCCAUUCGGAAACUAUAUCUUUCUGGCUACCAAAAAGUUUGGGUUCAGCAGGGAGAGAUCUGUUAAAAUAGGACAACAGGGGCUGUCUCCCAAAUAGCCUCAGAGAACUGUCAGUUAACCAUCAGCUCACAUUUGAGAAAAUCUAUCUUGAUGACAUAUUUGUUUUUUAAAGUAGCUAAAGAAGCAGAAUGACCAUAAACUAACUACUCCGGGCAUUCCUUACCUUGUUAUGUGAUUUUCUUUAUGAUUCUCUUUACCUCCUUACUGUCAGACAUAAGUUUCUAACUAUUGCUAAGCUUUAAUGAUUCACAGAUUUGUACACACAAUUGAACAGAUCGAGCUAACAAACUUUAACCAAGAACGUGCAUUAUUAUAAGCAAUUCGUGAUCAGGCUCAAUAUUGGAAAUGUCGAAGCAAAUAUCGAUUUUAAUAUAUAUGUUUUUAGAGGCUUCUUUGGGGUGUCGUAACAUUGUAACUCUUACCUAUGCGAAAUCAUACUUUUAGGGUAAUUUUUUUAGCUUUUCAUAAGAAGUUAAUACCUUGCUGCUGUAAGAAAUCUUGCCAUCGACAAGUUCAGCGAUCAACUAAAUAAAAUAUACUAUUCGUGACAAUUAUACAUCGGACUCAAAUGUAGGCGGGCCAUAUAAUGUCUUGCGAAGCUAAAAGCAAUAUCAAAAGUCUGCACGUAACAUAAGCAAGCCCCUGUCUUAAUGGGAAGUCCUGUAAAAGAACCAAGUAUUUUGCUAUCUCGAACAUGCUUGUUAGCGUUGCUUGGCGUCAGGGGCGUCGCCAAAGGGGGUUGGGAGGGGGGAUGCUGAACCCUCUUCCCUCAAAAUUUGUCUGUCGGCACAUUAAGCAAUUUCUAUACUCACCCUGGGGCACCCUGUAAACCUUUUGCAACAGGAUUAGGUUCGGCACAUGAGAAUUGCGACUUUUGAACCAGGCCUCACUCUGUUAAUAUUUAAUUUUUUUCAUUUUCUCUUCUUUUUCAAAAAAAACAACAAACACCAUUCAAUCCAAUUUUGAACAAAAUACUAUUAUUAUUAUUAUUAUUAUUAUUAUUAUUAUUAUUGUUAUUAUUAUAAAAUUAUUUACAGUAGGCGAAGCAAAUUUUUUUUAGCUAAUAUAACAGCUAAUUAAAGCCUACUAUUUAUACUACAUUUACAAAUCUUAAAUUAAUUACAAUGAAUCGAUAAAAUGAUAUAGGAAAUGUACAAAAUUAAAAGGAUGACUCAUUAGAUAAAAAUAUACAAUUAUUCGAUGACUAUUUCAAGAAUCCAAUCUGCGCGACGUAAAGUUUGCAUAGUCUGCAGUUGCAUUUUGUAUCUUUCCAAGUUUUAAUCUUUUUCUUAAAUAUUGCGAGGCUAGAAGAUGUUUUAAUGUCAUUUGUAAGCUCUUGCCAGAGCUUGGAUCCCAUAAAGGUUGUACUUUCUAUACCAUAACAAUUUGAUUUUGGUUUUGAUAGCGAUAUUCGGGAUAUGUUUCUAAGAUUAUAGCAUGUAUUUCUUUCAGUAAAGAUUUCUUUCAUGAAACUUGGGUUGAGAUUAUGUAAAGUUUUAUAUAUUUCUGUAAGAAGCAAUUGCAGAUUUUUAUCAUGGAUAGACGUCAAGUUGUCUUUUUCAAGAAGAGUUUGAAAGCUUGAUUCAUAGUAAUCAUAGGCAAGACGCAAAGACUUUUCAUGAAUUCUAUUUAUUCUGUUGUUCAUCUGUCGAUCAGAAAACAUCCAAAUUAAAGGGCAGUAGCUAAAUUGUGAUAAAAUGAAGACGUGCAUGGUCUAUUUUACUUUUCUAUCAUCCAUGUAGUUGGAGAUUCGGGAUAAAGCAUGUAGCUUUUGGCUGGCUUUUUUGCAUAUCGAUUGUACGUGUCCUUUGAACGACAAAUUAUUAUCAAUACUUAUUCCAAGAAGUUUUUGUUCUUUACUUGGUUUUAUAAGGUGGCAUUUGUCGCCAUUCAUUUUCAUAUAAUUAUUUUGAAACCAUUCUCUCAAAAUAACUACGUCUUGUUCUAGUAUUUUAAUAGCCUGCUUAAUGUCUUGGUGGAAGACAUAAAGCGUUGUGUCAUCAGCAUAAUUGCAUAUUUGGCUAUUUGAUAUAAACAUAAACAUGUCAUUUAUGUAUAUAUUGAACAAGAGAGUUCCCAAAACUGAUCCUUGUGGCACACCUACACUCGUGGAUUUCCAUUCACUGAAAGAGCCGUUUAUUUUGACUCUUUGUUUCCUUUGGCUAAGGUACGAUAAUGUGAAAUUCAAGGCGCUUCUACUAAAACCAUAAGCAUCGAGUUUAGCAAUAAUUAGGUCAUGAUUCAGACAGUCAAAUGCUUUUGACAGAUCUAUCAAUAGUGCACUGGCUGUUUGUUUAGUAUCUAGAGCUUUUUUGCAAUUUUCUAUGAGUCUGAGUAAUGUAUGUUGGGUGCUAUGAUUCCUUCUGAAACACCAUAGCAGUGGUGAUAGAAAACAAUGAGCGAAGGGAGUAAUUUGUGUUUCCAUGAUUCUCUCAUAUAUUUUUGAUGCUGACGGUAGGGUAGCAAUUGGUCUAUAAUUUUUCUUACUGAAUUUAUCAUCUUUUUUAUGCAACGAUGAUAUGUCUCCUAAUUUGAGUUCUUUUGGAAAUGUCAUAUUAGAUGGAUCCUCAUUAAAUGUUCUUUGUAAAAUUUCAGGGAAAAUGUCUGAAUAUUCUUUAAAUAGCCUAGCAGGUAUACUCUCUAUUGUUGUGGCCUUUCUGGUAUUAAGUUUGUUUAUCUGAUCCCAAAUUUCCCUACUGUUAACUUCCCUAAAUUCAAAGGGCCGUGGGUCAGGGUACAUUUCUCUUAUUUUUAUUGUUGAAUUCCUAGAUCUUGUGUUAUGUUUAUAAAGUAGUUGUUAUAUAAUUCUGAAAUCUUGCGGUCAUCACUAAUUAGUUCUCCAUUUUCUUCCAAUAUAAUGGAGGGUGUUGUUUUUAUCUUUUCUGCAAAGACCGGUUUGAUCGCUCUCCAGAAUUUGCGAUUAUCUGUAAGAUUACUUAAGUCUAGGUUCCUAAAAUAACUGCUUUUAGAAUUACGUAAUAACUUGACACAUUUGUUCCUUUGCCGUUUAUAUGCUUUAUGAUUUUCCUCAUUUUUGUUAUUAGUAUAUCUAUUUUUCAAUUUGCUACGAUGCACUAUUGCCUUACGUAAUUCUUUCGUCAUAAAUGGCCCGUCGUUUGCAUGAACAUACUUUCUCUUAAUGGGGGCAUGUUUAUUAAGAAGACUUUUGACUGAGAUAUCAACACUUCUGUAGUUUGGAAAGUUUAGUAUUCGAUGAUUCGAAAUUUCAGAUCUAAAGCUCGGAAUAUCGAAUUUUUUGUAGUCUCUAUAUGUAAGUAUUUUGGGAGCUCUCUUGGUGAAAUAACCUUCGAGUAUGCUCAGUAUCAUUACGUGGAAGUCAGACAACCCUGUUUCAACACUAGUCGUGUUUUCAAAUUGACUUUUACAGUUUGUCAGUAUCAAAUCUAUACAUCGUGGGUUGUCUGACUUGUGACAGGUUGGAUUCUUGAUCAAGUUAACUAAUUUAUAAGUGUCCAUGAAAGCCUUAAUUGCGCUGUCACCCAUUUCGCAAUUUCGCAAUUGAAAUCGCCCAUAACGAUAAGAUCUUCAAAUUUGUUGCUAAAGAAAUCGAUUCCUUUUUCGACCUCUUUAAAAAAAUAGCUUGGGCAUUGGGAGGGUGGGCGAUAUAUGCUAAGAAGUAGCCAUUUUCUUGUUCUAAGUUUAAUUUCGGUGGUGCAUAUUUCAAUGUCAUUAGGAAAUUUGUAAUUUGUUAGCUCUUUAACAAGGAUCCCUUCCCUUGCAAAGGUAAGAUGGCAUCCACCAUUUUUGUUUCUAUCCUUUCUGAAAGGUUCUCCAAAGCCUUCGAUCAUGAAUUGACUUGUUGUAUAAGUUUCAUCUAUUUUCGUUUCGGCGAUUGUAAGAAUGUCGACAUAUUUUGAAACCAUUAAUUUUAAAUGUUCAAUUUUAUUCCUGAUUGAGUUAAUGUUUAGUUAUGCUAUUACGAGACCCUUUUUAUUUUUAAUCCUGAUAUUCUUAAGAAUGUCAACUGUAUUUGAUUCACAGGAAUCAGUUUCUGGAAUUUUUUCAUCUACGGUUUCAUGGACGUAUGAUUCGGGGUUUUUAUUUACUGUAUUUAUAUUGAUGUUAUCCAAAUUUUUAAGCUAUUAUUAUUAUGUAUAUCAAAACUCUUUCUGCUUUCUGUCUAGUCAUCCUAACUGCAUAAAAACCCAUAUUGACUUGAUACCAUUAACAUAUUAAAAUAUAUAUUUUUCAAUUGCGUUAAUUAGAGAAAACCCUGAAAGCUUCAUCUUUUUUGGGUUAUAAACACUCGAGUAAAUUACCAUCGGUUUUUCCCAGUGUUUUUCUUCUUAUAAAAAGAUCCUUCAAAAUAAUUUUCAGAAUUUUCAAGUCAUGGGGUGAUAAAAGUUUUCAGGGCAUUUUGUCAAGAUUUUUUAUAUCUCCAAAUAAAAUUAUUUCUUCAAGUUACUGGGCUUAUUUAGAUACUAUUUACUUCAAAAUAAUAGCAAUCCAAUAAAGAUCAAUCUAAUUUAAAAUUCCAUCAUCCCUUUUCGGCACAUAUUCCAGGUGUCCUUCUAGGCACUGAUAACGUUCUUUCCAGCGCCGCUUUCUGUAUUCUUUUUAAUUUCUGGAUUUGCGUUUUGGUGACAUAACUCUAUGUUUCAGACCCAAAAGAGUUUUUUUUGAAUAAGAAUGGUAUCAACAAUUUCUAUUCCUGAUUUUUUUCUGAACACGGACAAAUUUGUCAAGAUUUGAUUGAAACAUUAUGUGAAAAUACUACUAUUUUUUCAAGGAUAUUGUUUUAAUUGAUUUGUAGGAUAUAAGAGUGAAGAAAGCAACAUUAAUUCAUAAUGGACACAAGCACAAGCCUUGGCUUGCGUACGAAGAAAGAUGAUUAUCCUAGUUGUUAUAGAGAUUUUGCUGGAAGUGCCAUUCUUGUGGCAAGUGGGUCGAGUAUGUAUCAAUCAUUUAACAGUCCUUCAUUCGCUUCAGGACCUGUGUCAAUUGUACCAGCAGUUAUGGUAAGAGAAUGAAUUUUGUUUCAGGGAAGAAAAAUCCCUCUUUAUAUUAGAUACAUGAAAUAUAGAUUUUUGUAUUUUAGCUCAUGAUUGGUAUCCAAACUUUUGAUCAAGCAGAUUUAAAAAAAUUGCAAAAAGAAACUCAAAAGGGUAAAUGAGAAAAUUUUUAGAAAUAUUGACUGGUUAUGUUUACAAAACGUUUGCCAAGGUAGUAAAUAUUUCCGUCCUAUUCGGUAUUAAACUUAAAGAAAUUAUUUAAUCAAUCUCUUCUAUUCACCACCAAGCUAAUGAUAGAAAUUCUCUAAACAUAACUCAUAAAACUGAAAACAAUUAUACAAGUCAAUGUAAGAAAAACAAUAGAAUCUACUCCUUACACAUUGUGUUUGCACAUCGUCCAGAAACUUUUAGGAUUUGGAACAAUUUUGUUUCUUGUCUGUACCUUAUGUUUAUACCUUAUGUUUCUACUACAUUUAGAAUAUCAAAAAUGCCUCUUCAUUGUCACAUUUUCCGUGUUUACUUUUAAAUUGAGCAUUAUUAUCCAGCCAAAAAUAAAGCAGUUUUUUGUUCAAAGUGUUAUGUACAGAAGAUCAGUCAGAAGAUGAAUCAAAUUAGACUUAGUGUCGAGUUUGCUUGCCGUGUCUUCAAUCAAUUUUUUGUUUACGUGAACUUUAACAAAGAUAAGACCAUUAAGGAGUUGUAUUGUCUUAGCAGAAGAUGUCCUGGCAGACUUUUUUGCUAUUGUUGAAACAAAAACAGGAAGGAAAAUAAUGAAAUUACACGAUAGGCUUAUAGAUUAUUUGGCACUUUUCUUUUAAUCUUUGAUCAUAUUUUUCAUGCCUUCUCCUUUACACACGUUGACAAUUUUUGUGUAAAGUUGAGACCCUACAGUUUUAUCUUAUGAUCAACUUCUUUUCUGCUUGUGUGUAUAAGCGAUUGCUCAUGUUAGUAAAUUGCAAAAUAGAAAGCUAAAUAUAAAUUCAUCAAUAAGAUUAUCUACAGAAAAAAAUAUUCUUUGCAAGCAGUAAGUGAUAAAUGAUAAAAAGUCUUGAAAUUAAAAUUCGUUUUCAUUCCCUAUUUUGUUACUAACUGUUUUAUAACAACUCUCAUAAAAUAUCUGGUACUCCAAUCUGAAAUGGUGCUCAUCAUACUUAUGUCCCAAUGAGGCUAAUUUUGAAAUGGAAUAUGGCUAUGAUUGCUGCCCAAUUAUCAUUCAGUUCUCCCUUGUCUUUAUUGCAGACAAUGACGGCAGGGUGCACAGGAAUCAAAGUCUUGCGUUUCAUUGGAAAUAUACGGGCAGUAAGUAAAUCUGGUAAUUUCUGCUGUUUCUAAUACAUGGCUCAGUUUACAAUGUGACUAGUUCCAUACAUCUCUGAACACUUAAUGCUUUUUGCAUGUACAAUGUCAAAACUUUUCAAAACUAACUGUUUUU